GUGGAAGGAAGGGAAAGCAAAGCAAAAGAUGUUGUUGAAUACUCUGUUACUAUUAUGGGUCAAGGCCAAGUUAGACCAGUCCAUUCUGGAGGUUCUCCAACCAGACUAGUCCUCUCCAACUUGGUUUCUUUUUAUACAACCUUCCCACUCUCAUUCUUCAAUCAAUCCAACCCAAAAGACCCUUUCUUUCAAUAUUCAUAGCAUCAUCAUGGGUGACUCUUCCGCGGCUAAUGACCAUUUGGGUGAAUCCCCGGCCGUUGAGUUAACCGGAAAGAUAAUGAUUGUGGUUAUUAUUAUCAUGUUCUUCGUUAUUGUAAUUGCUCUCUGCCUUCAUCUCUUCGCCAGAAACUUCUGGUGGCGCAGCCCUGCUCCCCAAUCUCGCAGCCACCGCCGCCGCCGCUUUGUUUUCUCGUCCGGUCCAGACGGUGGAAGCGGACUGGAUCCCGCGGUGCUGAGCUCCCUACCGGUGUUGGUAUUCGAAGGCCAUGCCCAAGAGUUUAAGGAUGGUUUGGAAUGUGCGGUUUGCCUCUCCGAGGUUGUCGAAGGAGAAAAGGCCAGGCUUUUGCCUAAAUGCAAUCAUGGGUUUCACGUUGCUUGUAUUGACAUGUGGUUCCAAUCCCAUUCUACUUGCCCUCUUUGCAGGAACCCUGUUGCAUCCUCAGAAGAAUCUUCAGAAUCUCCCACUUUUCCCACAAACGUCUUGGUUUGGGGGAAUCAAGCUCAAAUAAGUUCUACUGGUGGUGGUGGUGCUUCUUUGGAGGAAGGUUCAUCCUCAUCCUCUUCCGCUUCUACUUGUGAUGAUCAUGGAAUGUUGGUGAUUGAUAUACCAAGUGAGAUGACUUCAACCUCUCUGUCGCCUGAAGAUGACGUCAAAUCGCCUAUGACGGGAAGACUCAGGUCAUUGAAGAGGCUUUUGAGCAGGGACAAAAGGUUUAAUCCUUCCAGUCCUACUUCUUCUCCAGAUGUACAACAACCAGGAUCAGGGAGCUGAGUUAGGAAUUAUUUCCCAAUCAUAUUCAUUAUUUUUUCUUUUUUUCUUUUCUUUCAUGUGCACAUAUUGCGCAUUCAGGUGACUGAAGAUUGUAUCUAAUGUUUGCAAGUACACCAUGAGGGUGUUUAAUUUUUCUGUUCUUCAGAGGUCAGAGCUCCUCCAGCUCUCAUAGAUGUGCUAUUAUUGUCUUUCCGAUACUUGUGCAUAUAAUGCCUUAGCAGAUUCAUUGUUUCAUUGUCUUUGUUGUAUAAAGUAUAGGUUUCUUUCAAGUAAUGCAAUAGAAUGAUCCUCUUUCUUUUUUA